AACUAUUAGAAAAAAUAGUUUACUAUUGUUCGAACAAUAAUGAUCCAUUACUUCAGUUUUAAUGAAAUUCGAAUCUGGAUUUCCCUAUUAAUUAUUGAAAUUAAUCUAUCAUCAAUAUUACCAGUGUCAUCGGAAUUAGUUUCAAUUCAAAAACAAGAUCCAAAUGAAUCGGAUAAAGAUUCCUACGCGUAUUUCAAUAGUCUUUACGCAUUCCGAACCAACGAAGAAGGUUUAAAUAGGGAUUUCAAUUGUUCUGGUCGUUGUGAUUUGCUCGAUGAUGAGUUUAUUUAUAAUUAUGACAGUAGAUGUGAUGGGAUUGUUCAUGAGUGCUGGCUUAUGCAACAUACUAAAGAACGAUUAGAUGCAGUAGAAAAUUACAAACAGGUACGUAGUAAGAAUAUUGGUGUAUUAAACGAUCCGAUAGGGGGAGAUCCUUUUUUUGUUGAUGCAGCACGUAAAAAUUUGGAGGAAGCAAGAUGGUUAGUGGAUCAUACUGGAAGCGAUUGUGGAUGUUUAUGUGAACGUAAAGCUAAUUCAUAUCAUAAUUUUCAUGGUCCAUUACUCGACUCAAUUUGUUUUGAUCAUGUCGAAGUAGAUAACGGAUAUGUGGCAACAGGGGUCAGAUUUAAAAGAUAUGAGAACAGAAUACAUCUUGAACUUCAACAAGGAAUACUAGCAAACGGACGAAUUGAUCCAGGUACCGUAACAUGGAAAAAAAUCGAGUAAAUGUAAUAAUGCGAAACCAGUAGUCUAUGGCUUCAAAAAUAGUUCUUACGAAGGCUUAAAAUUUGUAUUGGAAGAUAUGAUUCUUCCACAGAAACAAGUCGUUGCUGGCGUAGAAGUUGGGAAUAAAUUACUAGGACAAUACAUAACUGAUGAUGGUAAUUUGGAUAAUAUGAAAAUACUUGUUCCAACUCAAUGUUAUGAAAGAACUCGCGAUUUGGUGCAUGGUUACUCCCGACUUCUGCCCCCUAUAAAUUUUCUCGGAAAACAUUUUACAUCUAGUUCAUCAUGCAAAGAUCAUUUGUUAUUUGGUGGAACAUCAUAUGAUUCUGAUUUCAUUCAACAUAUUGUUCCGUAUAUUGAUUUACAAGAAAUAGUUACUGAUCCACCUGAACCGAUUCACGGAAUCGGUUGGUACUACAGAGGUUAUCCUGAAUCCGGAGGAUUUUUGGCUUUGAGAAUUUGGAAAUGAGAAUAAUUAAUCAUUGCUCAACUUACAUUGAACAAUAAAUGUUGAUGUUGAAGAAUUAUAAAUACCUGUUAUAGUUUCUAAGUCAAUAAAAUAUUGUCAGUCGGAAGUUUCCAAGCAAAUAUAAUAUAGAUGAACUAAAAGAUACAGCAAUCAUAUUGUUGUGAAUUGAGUAUUGUAGAAAAAAUCAAACCUACUCGUUUUUGGGACAAUAGAAAAUUUCGUAAAAAUAUAGUGUAAAAUUAAUUCGACUUUCUUCACCCUAUUUUUAAAAAAAAAUUAUCAAAUGAAAACUCGUGUGUUUCUGUAUUGUUAUCUUAGAAUAUAUUAUCGAAUUUUAUAAUUAAAUUGACAAUGACUCAUCACUUUGAUUCGGAUGGAAUUUCAAUUGGGAUUUUUCUACUAAUUAUUCAAAUCAGCAUAUCAUUAGUAUCAUCGCAAUUAGUUGUAAUUCAGAAAGGAGAUCCAAAAAACUGGGGCAAAGGCUCAUUCACGUAUUUUAAUAGAAUUUACGCAUUUGCUACAAUGGAAAACUCAUUGCAUCACGAUGGAUAUUGUACUGGUGAUUGCAGUAGCUUCGAUGAUAAUUUCAGGUAUGGUGAAACCGAUUUAUGCCGUGGAAUUGUUCAUAAAUGCUGGGUCCAUUUAGAAUCUCAAGAACGAAGGAAAGCAGUGGAAGACUUUGUUGAUACUAUCAAUGAUAGGGGAAAAUGGAAAGGAUAUUCAAACAGAAGUGAAAUAAUUGCAGAUCUGGAAUAUAAAUUGGAUCAUACUGGAAAUGUUUGCGCAUGUUUAUGUGAACGAAAUUCUUCAGCUAGUUAUAACUUUCGCGGCAAAUUACUUGACUCUAUUUGUUAUGAUCCAAUUUCAGUAGAUCUCGGAUAUGUGGCGACAGGAGUCAGAUUCAAAAGAUAUGAGAACCGAAUUCAUCUUGAACUCCGACAAGGAAUACUAGCAAAUGGACGAAUUAAUCCAAGCACCGUAAGAUGGAAAAAAACGAGUAAAUGUAAUAAUGCGAAACCAGUAGUUUAUAAUUUCAGAGGUACUCUUUACAAAGGUUUAAAAUUUGUAUUGCAAGAUAUGAUUUUACCAUACAAAGCAGUUGUUACAGGAGUAACUAUUGGAAGAUCAAUACGCGGACGAUUUGUUACUAAAAAUGGAGACAUAAAAGAUUCUCGAUUUCGAAUACAUAAACCAAGUCAAUGUCGUGGGAGGAACCAGAACGUGGUGCCAAAAUACCGGCGUCUCCUGCCUCCUGUAGCUCAUCUAGGAAAUAAUGUUGAACGCAGUAAAUCGUGCAAACAUCAUGUUUCAUUUGGUGGAACAUCAGAUGAUUCUGAUUUCAUACAACAUAUUGUUCCAUAUAUCGAUUUACAAGAAAUAGUUACUGAUCCACCUGAACCGAUUCGCGGAAUCGGUUGGUACUACAGAGGUUGUCCUGAAUCUGGGGGAUUUUUGGCUUUGAGAAUUUGGAAAUGAGAAUAAUUAAUCAACGAACAAUUUACAUUAAACGAAAAAUGUUGAUGUAAAAUAAAUUAAGUACCUGCUAAGGUUUCCAAGUCAAUGAAAUAUUGUCAGAUAUAAUUAGAAUAAUUUUUUCUGACUUCGAAACGCAGAUCUAAGAACUCGAUUUUUGAAAGUUAUACUGAUAUUAAUAGCAAGACAUUUUCAAAAGAGUAUUAACUUUUUACUGUUGGAAGUGACUAAGCAAAUAUAAUGUAAAUUAAUUGAAAGACACAGCAAUCAUGUUGUUUUAAGUUGUGUUUUAUAGACAAAAUCAAAGCUAUUCAUUUUCGGAGCAAUGGAAAAUUUUGAAAAAAUAAAAUAUAAUAUUAAAUGAAAAAUUAAUUCGACUAUUUUUUCAUGCUAUUUUUUAGAAAAAAAUUUGCGGAUAAAAACUUGUGUAUGUGUGUUUCUAACUUCUGUAUAGUUAUCUUAAAAAUUUUUUAUUUUUUUCAUAAUCGUGACUUAUUUUUAUGUCAAACGAACUAAACGC